GGGCGUGCGUGCGUGUGUGAGUGCGCGCCAGCGAGCCUGAGUGUGUGUGUGCGCCCCGGGCGCGGGCAGGGCAGCAGUCCGACCGCGGCGGGAGUCGGGCGGCCGCGUAGUCACUCGGGAGGAAGAGGCGGCGGCGGUGGCGGCCGGGGCCGGGGCUGGGGCAGCGGCGGCCGCGCUGGGCAUGGAGCUGGCAAACCCGCGCUGAGACAGGACGCGCCUGCUAGCCGCCAGCGAGAGGCUCUCUGCGGUCCGGCGCGCGGGCUCCCCGGCCGGGGCCAGGCAAACUUUUCUUUCUCUUUUGCCAUCACUUAGAGGCGCCUGGUGCGGCGGGCGGACCGACUCCUCGGCGCGGCGGGGCCGGGGCAAGCUGGCCACGGCAUGAUGCGCGCUGUGUGGGAGGCGCUGGCGGCGCUGGCCGCGGUGGCGUGCCUGGUGGGCGCGGUGCGCGGCGGGCCCGGGCUCAGCAUGUUCGCCGGCCAGGCGGCGCAGCCGGAUCCCUGCUCGGAUGAGAACGGCCACCCGCGCCGCUGCAUCCCGGACUUUGUCAACGCGGCCUUCGGCAAGGACGUGCGCGUGUCCAGCACCUGCGGCCGGCCCCCGGCGCGCUACUGCGUGGUGAGCGAGCGUGGCGAGGAGCGGCUGCGCUCGUGCCACCUCUGCAACUCGUCCGACCCCAAGAAAGCGCACCCGCCUGCCUUCCUCACCGACCUCAACAACCCGCACAAUCUGACGUGCUGGCAGUCCGAGAACUACCUGCAGUUCCCGCACAACGUGACGCUAACGCUGUCGCUCGGCAAGAAGUUUGAGGUGACCUACGUGAGCCUGCAGUUCUGCUCGCCGCGGCCGGAGUCCAUGGCCAUCUACAAGUCCAUGGACUAUGGGCGCACGUGGGUGCCCUUCCAGUUCUAUUCCACGCAGUGCCGGAAGAUGUACAACCGGCCGCACCGCGCGCCCAUCACCAAGCAGAACGAGCAGGAGGCCGUGUGCACCGACUCGCACACCGACAUGCGCCCGCUCUCCGGCGGCCUGAUCGCCUUCAGCACGCUGGACGGGCGGCCCUCGGCGCACGACUUCGACAACUCGCCGGUGCUGCAGGACUGGGUCACGGCCACCGACAUCCGCGUGGCCUUCAGCCGCCUGCACACGUUUGGCGACGAGAACGAAGAUGACUCGGAGCUGGCGCGCGACUCCUAUUUCUAUGCAGUGUCUGACCUGCAGGUUGGCGGCCGCUGCAAGUGCAACGGCCACGCGGCGCGUUGCGUGCGCGACCGAGACGACAGUCUGGUGUGUGACUGCAGGCACAACACAGCCGGCCCCGAAUGCGACCGUUGCAAGCCCUUCCACUACGACCGGCCCUGGCAGCGCGCCACGGCCCGCGAGGCCAACGAGUGCGUGGCCUGCAACUGCAACCUCCAUGCUCGGCGCUGCAGAUUCAAUAUGGAGCUCUACAAGCUGUCGGGGCGCAAGAGCGGGGGUGUCUGUCUCAACUGCCGCCACAACACUGCAGGCCGCCACUGCCACUACUGCAAGGAGGGCUUCUACCGAGACAUGGGCAAGCCCAUCACCCACCGCAAGGCUUGCAAAGCCUGUGAUUGCCACCCUGUGGGAGCUGCCGGCAAGACCUGCAAUCAGACCACUGGCCAGUGUCCCUGCAAGGACGGCGUGACGGGCAUCACCUGCAACCGCUGUGCCAAGGGCUACCAGCAAAGCCGCUCUCCCAUCGCCCCCUGCAUCAAGAUUCCUGUAGCACCACCCACCACCGCAGCCAGCAGUGUGGAGGAACCUGAAGACUGUGACUCCUAUUGCAAGGCCUCCAAAGGGAAGUUGAAGAUGAACAUGAAGAAAUACUGUAGGAAGGACUACGCUGUCCAGAUCCACAUCCUGAAGGCGGACAAAGCCGGGGAUUGGUGGAAGUUCACGGUGAACAUCAUCUCCGUGUACAAGCAGGGAACAAGUCGCAUUCGCCGUGGUGACCAGAGCUUGUGGAUCCGCUCACGAGACAUCGCGUGCAAGUGCCCCAAAAUCAAGCCCCUCAAGAAGUACCUGCUGCUGGGCAAUGCGGAGGACUCGCCUGACCAGAGUGGCAUCGUGGCAGACAAGAGCAGUCUGGUGAUCCAGUGGCGGGACACGUGGGCACGGCGGCUGCGCAAGUUCCAGCAGCGGGAGAAGAAGGGCAAGUGCAAGAAGGCCUAGCCGGGAGGUGGCGCGGGCUCGAGGAGGGCGGGCAGGGCGCUGGCGGGGGCUGGCAGCCUUGGACUUGGCCCACCAGGGUUUUCCUGGGACAGGGAGGGUGGGGGCGGGGCGAAGUCUGAGUGGGGCGGGGCCCUCAGCGGCUCCGCCCCAGCCCCACCCUCACACCCUUGGCCGUGCCCCUUGUGCGCAUGGCAGAAAGUACCCUGUAUUGACAGGCCAGGCCCUGGAGAAAUGAGGACAAGACAUAGCUACCUCAUGGCGCUCCUUCCAGAACAGAGAGGCACUUCCCUAGGGCUAGGUGGGGGGCGCUGUGGAGGGGGCUGGGGACACCCAGCCCUGGGUCCCGGGCACAGAAUGGCAUGGUGUGGACCACAGUCACUGUUUUUGAUGGUUAUUGAAGGGGAUGUGAGAAGAACUGUGAAUUUUCGGGCCUGCAGCCUGGGCAGAGGCAACCAAUCCACCACCAGACCCUAGUCAUGCCCUUCCCUCCCCCUCCUUUCACCAUCACCUGCCGUCUAGGAAUUCCCACAGGACUCCUGACUCUGACAACAGGUCCCUAUGUCCACAGGCCAGAUGGCACUGGGAUCAGCCAGCUUCGGGUCUCCACUGCCACCUGCUGGGCUGGUCUCCUGGGUGGAGUUCACCAUCUGUAGGGAGGGGAGGGCCCCUCCUGGGGCCUGCCCUUACCCCAGUGGGGCUGGCCCAGGCUCCUGGCCCAUCAGAGAGGGCCUAGGGCCUAAGGACACCCCUGAAGCCCAAGCCGGGUGGUCACUGCCUUUGCCGGAGCUGCCUGUGGGAGGAGGCAUUGCAAACCAAAACCUCCCAGAGAGUUUCCUUGCUGGAAACUUGGAAACAGCCCCUUUUAUGACAUUUUCCAGGGGGAGGGGGAGGGGGUACUGGCGGGGGUUUAGGGCAAUGACACUAUUUGUGUAAUGACAUCAGCUCCCACAAGGCCUAACAGCAGUGUCAACAGCUGGAAAGGGCCUGGUCAGGCCUGGAAUGCCAGCGGCUGUAGAGGCCAUUUGGGCCAGGCUUGGGGGAAGGGGCUUGCUUAAGUCAAGACAGGGUGGAGGAUGCUCCGAGCUGCAGGCAGCCAAGGUCAGGAGAGGUCAAGUUGCAGGGGUCCAAGGAAGCUGUAACUGCUUACUAUUGCAGCCCUCACCGCUGGCUCCCAAAGGGAAGGGACAGGCUACUAGGUUCAGCAGCCCACUGGCCCCACAGCUGUCUUGGGUCUCGCCUGGGCAGUCUCCUCCAUGUCUCUGUGGCAGUCCCUAGGUCUUCCUGUGUGCCUAGCCCUCUUUUCUCUUGGAGGCUUAAUGUCCUCACGCAGGCAGCUCCAAGUGUCUCUUCCAGUCGCUCCACGGUCCUCUCUUGCCUUUCCCUGCACUCGGGCCUCUAGCCUCACGCCCCGCACACUGGAUGAGAGGCCUGGCUUCCCUCUCAGUCAGGAAAUUGGUUUCAUUUCCCCUGCCCAUUUGGCUGCCCCCGAAAGGGCCAGACCAGGGACGAAGCUCAGCCCCUUAGUGACACAAACUCCCUCUUCUUCCCCUUCCGCCCACGUCACCGCUGCCAUUUGCUGAGCACGCGCUCGGUGCCAGGCACUUGACGCAGAUGCUCCUGGCCUGUCUUCGUCACAGACCCAUGAGACAGGGAUUCUUGUCCUCAUUUUCACCAGUAAGGAAAUGUCACAAGGUCACACCAGCACUGGCACUCAGACCCUGGCCUUACCAUAGUUGCACACCAGCUCUGUCAGCCUCACCCCCACCCACCCCGACCCCCCGGCACUCCCACAGUGGGUGGGGGUUAUCACAGAGACCCAGGCAGCUUGUCUCUAGAGAGUGUCGAGGAUGAGAGCCUGGAGUAGGUCUGGGACAGACACAGGGACACCUUCGGAGGAGGCACCAGACAGGGGUGGUGGGGUAUAAGGGAUGGAAGUCCCAGAGUCCAGGGGGACAGGUGGUGGCCAUCCGAGAGGGCCUGGAAAGGUGGCUUGGCUGCUCCAAGUGUGGGAAGGAGGGCUGUAAGGCUUCAGAGAGGCUGGCAGGGAAGGGGCCACAGACCUGCCCUGGCGAGGGUGGUCAAGGGCCACGACCCAGGCUCACACAGCCAGGGUGGUUUGUUGGGUGCCCCCUGUGGCAGCCAGGAGCACCGUGCACAGCGGCUGCCCUGUUCCUGUGCCGGCUUCGACCUAUGAGCCUGGAGUCCUAGUCUCGCCUGGUGCCUCCUGAAGCCCCUCAACUAGUGCCGGGCUCCAGCUAAGCCGCAAGACGUCUUGCUGGAAAUCCACCAAGGCAUCCUGCCCCCGUCCCCUGAUUGCCUGGUUGCUGGAGGAUUAUGCUGAACGAUCAGAUGAGCCAGGUUAUGGAUGAGGUCACAGCUGCCACCUCUGUAAUUAGCCCGCAUCCAGCCCACCUGUCCUCUGCCUGAGAGCCAGCUUUGGGGAAGCAGAUGUCUUCUCCCACGGGUGGCCCCACCCUAGGGAAGAGACGGAAAGGGGGAAAGAAGACAUCCUGUUGUACAGUUAGGAAGGGAUACAGAAAUGGAAGUAGGUCUUUGAGUUUGAGAGUGAAUUAACAGAGCUGUGAUAUGUAGGUCUUUGAAGAAAGGUGGACCGGGUUAGUCACUUACCAGUCAAGACUCCCCAGCGGUCCUUUCACGUGCCCGCUGUGGAGUCUGGUGCCCCUGCCUUCAGAACGCCUCCUUUGCUGACACAGUCACACAGUGGUGUGGGGGUAACGGAAAUGGCGUGCUCCUGGACACCCCUGUGAGCUGUGGCCUCUGGGCCAGACCUUCUGUCCUAGAAAGCAGGGCAGGAGGCGCAGGACCCUAGGCUCCUUCAGAUGGGAGGGUCAGAUACCUGAGGCAAAGCCCAGGAUGCUGGCAUGGCCUGAGGGCCUUAGGAACUUUCUAGAACUCUGCCUCAGUAGUUACAUACAGGCUGUCUUAGAAUUGCCCCAAGCUGGAACAAGACUGAAAAAGAGACCCUUUGGGACUGACUUGGGAAAGGGUUCUUUUAGGGUCUCGACACUUCAAGGACUAUAUCCAGGAAGCCUAGAGAGUGGGCAGAUCAGGCUCACUGAUGGGCCAUGGUUCACAGACAGACAGACAUUCCUGUGGACCAGAGCCAUGCCAUACCCCAGGGGUAUCAAAAUUGUCUUUGUGGGGCCUUGCCCCUGCCAAAAACUAAGCCAGCCUCACCUCUGUGUCAGUGGACAUUCUUCCCCUUUCCUGCUCUGGUUACCCCGGCCUCCCUGUGUUACCAAUUCUGCUCACUCAGAAUUGUAAAUGUUUAGUUGUGACCAUGACAUAUUGUUUGGGUCAGUGUUCCUUUCCAAUGCAUACUAAUAUAUUAUGGUUAUUAUAUAUGAAUAUAUUUAAUGACAUGGAGAAAGUUGUGGAUUUUCUUUUUUUUUUUUUAAGGGUUUUUUUUUUGUUGUUGUUGUUAGAAUUGUAAUGGACCCAGAUGGAACUUGUAACUCGGGCCCUACAUGAUAGAACUAAAUUCAGAUAUCAUUAAAUAAACUCUUGUAUACUG